GUCAUUUCAUUUCCCCUUUUGCAUCGUGAGGGGAACUCCUCUCAGCCGCUCAUGCAUGAAAAAUCGCGGGGCUCUCCUCUGUCCGCGACGGCCGCGACUCCCGAGCUCGACCCGAGUUUGGCAUCGAGCCACGACGAAAAGAAAGCGAGCGAGCGCACAACUCAGCUCAGCUGCAAGCUGGGCACCGUGCCUAUGGAGACCCCCGAGCUCGUCAGUAAGGGUGUCUCGGGAUCUGUGGCCGAUAAAACGGGUAGAGUCGAGAAAUGCUUCAUCAAUAUAAUCCGGGAGCUGAGAGAGAAUCCGACCCUGCACAGCAAAGCCGAUGCCGCGGCUAACUUGACUGAGACCGUCACUGAUGUCCUGGACAGAUUCCGUCUCUGGGCGGGCAAUAUCGGAGCAAGAAAUGCACCGGAUUCUCCCUUCUCGCUUGAGAGUCGUCUUGCGGCUGCCAGCGAGGUUUUGGAACAGGUUGAGGAUCUGCUCAACGACUUGAUGGAUGCUCUUAGUGAUUUUGUUGGCAGCAACGGCUACGGGUUCAUGGACCAGUUCGACAUCAACCAUGUUUUGGAGCGUUAUCCCAAGCUUGGGAAGCCCGAGUCACGGUGGCUAUGUGAGCGUCUUGGACGAGCAAUCACGAAGCGCCGCCAGUUUCUUCGAUAUGCACGAAGACACAAAUCGCGAGUCGCUGGAGACCAAGAGUGGACCGAAUCGCGCGAGGAAGAGGAAAUGAUGGAAUCCAUCAUUGCGCACAACGCUUUUGUUGUGGCUCAGGAUACUACAAAUAAGUCAACAUACUCGACAGCCGCUGUCACCGCGUUCGACGAGGACAAAGUAUCCUAUGUCUCGGUGAGCUCGUCGUUCCAUAUGGCACCGAACGGCGACGCUACCCUUCAUCUUCCUUCCCUUGCCAAGGUCAGCAAGGGCGAGGCCAUAUUUGAGUGUCCGUUUUGCUUCGGCAUUCAGAGCGCAUCGAACGAAUGGGCCUGGCGGCAACACGCUUUCCAAGACCUCAAAGCAUACGUGUGCACCUUCAGCGGCGUCGAAUGCGACUCGCAGCUGUUUGGUGACAGUCGGGCCUGGUUUGACCAUGAGAUGCAGUGCCACCGGAGGAAAUGGAUCUGCAUCAUCUGCCAGGAAGGCCCCUUCAACACCUCAAAACGGAUGGAGGGGCACAUCAAGAUCAAACACGGUGAUGUCUUGGCUCGGAAGGAGCAACUGCGGAUGAUUGCGGAUGCAAGCCAGAGGGCAGUUGAUGCCCUGCCAGCCCAGGACUGCCCGUUCUGUGACGAGUGGGCGGAGUCGCUCAGAGUAGAAACUCCGGCUCCUGACGGUGUAGAUGCCUCUGCGGUGGUGGUGACGGUGGAUCCCACACAGUUUCGCCGACACGUCGCACUUCAUCAUGAACAGCUGGCACUGUUCGCCUUGCCGAGGAUGACCGACGACGAGGAGGAGGACGAUGGCGGUCGACGCGGAAGUAUUUCAAGUACUUAUCGACUUUCCUCCGAUCUCAGCCAGCGAGCGAGCUUGAAUCCAGAUCGUGAAGAGAGUUUGGGUCCGGGUCCCGAGAAGGGCUUCGAUCUCGAGGGCACAGACUCCUCGUCCUCAGCUGCGGCGCCGUCAACUGUUUGGGAUGAUUUCGCCGACCUAAGGGCAAGGAUAGAUCGCCUUGACUUGACAGGCAAGAGCCGCAAGACACCAUUGACGACAGGGACAUCAAGGUCCAAAUCGUCUGGCGAGCGCCCGAGAACUGCCACCGCAAUUCCUGUCCCUGAUCCACCACUUCUGCAUAUUGCCACCGCAUUAGGAAACCUUGAUAAGGUUGCACGAGAGUUUGACAGAGAAGGCUAUGAGUACACGAAGCCGAGUGAUCUUGUCAGAUAUCUCCUUAAGCACGGUCAAGAGGAACCCACGCCCGCAGACACCCUCAUCGGUGCCCCCGUCCACCAUCCCCUGUUUUCCAAGCGGACUAGAGAUAUCCAGGCUCAAGAAGGCAUCCCAUUCCCCGGGUUACCAUUGAAUCCAUGGGACGGGCCUCCGACCGGCGGGAACUCGACUCCGCUCCGCGAAACCAUCCCUGAUUCGCCUACCGAUGGGUUCCCCGAGUUGACACAGCUGCCCGCCCUAGAGAGCUUGCCGCAGACUCGGGCGGGGACGUUGCAUUCCAAACUGACGUCAGACGGCACCGGCAAUCCCUUGCUUGACAUACCAGCCGUAGUCUCCAAGACCCCCCGGCCAAGUCCGGAAACUGAGGAAAGAAAGGAGACGACUGAGAGGAAGAGGACCAAGACAGGAUGUAUCACCUGCCGAAAGCGGCGGAUCAAGUGUGACGAAGGGAAACCUACUUGCAACAUCUGCAUUAAGUCGAAUAGAGAAUGCGAGGGCUACAGCACGCGCCUCACCUUUAAGGAACCUCUGGGAGCGUUUCCUCUAGCAGCAGACCCCCUGCAUUCUGAUUCAGGCCCAGCAGAACGCACGGUGGGUGGAUUGCAGUUGUCUGCGUUACUUGAGAACCAGUCCAAGGGGAAUCGUCCAAUAGUCGCGUCGGUCGAAGACGUUGACGAGCCGGGAAACGUCGUCGAGGAAACCGCCCGUUACGCUUAUGAGUCAGGUUCUUCGGCCGCAAAAAGCGCCGUUGACGACAUUGGCUUCGGCUCAGGCUCGCAAAAUACCCGUAUGAAACCCAACACGGAAGCGGAGACGAAAGCGACUUCUGCAAUCCGAAGCAGACCUGCGAAAACGGUUCUCAAGAGCCCGGAACGCCCCCGUUCUGCCAGCCCGGAACGCAACGGUGCUACCAUACCUGCUCCGCCGCGCCUGAAAGGCAUCCUAAAGCCCCCAAAAGAGAAGUUCCCCGAAGAUCCGCAGCCCAUUCGAGAGGGCGUGGCACCUAGGAAACAUCCCAGCAGUAGCGGCGCCGCUCCAGCAGGCAAAAGGUGGACCAAAAUCAGUCGUAAAAUGGUCAGCCCUGCGGCCCUGAAAAACGGGAAGGAGCGCUUUGAGGUUCGGGAUGAUUUUGUGAUUGUGCUGCGUAUGCUAAGCAAAGAGGAGGUCAUGGAAUACGCGGAGGCCACCACGAGAUUGAGAGGUAAGAGCCUGUCUGUGUCAUCCUGCUGCGACACUACCAGUACGCUUGAGUCUAAUACUAGUGGACGCUUAGAGAAGCGAAGGCAAGAGCAUUCGGAAAGGGCAGUGCGGGAAUGGGAUAUCGAUAUAAGGAAUGUCCCAGAAGAGGGCACAGCGCGGGUUCCUCAGCAUAAAAUCGAAACUGCGGAGUCGGACGGCUGAAAUCUAUAGCGAUUUGGGGCAGGUACUACUGAGGAAAUUUCAAGAACAGGUGGAACUUCCAUGUCCCUAAUAGUUAAGGCUGGUCUGUCAAACUCACAUACUUCCGAGCCAUCGUGGU